CUUGCCUUAUCCUCUUCGACCCUUCCUCUCUGGUAGUUCCGAGUCGAUCUCGGUCUCACUGCAGUCAAGUUGAUGAUUGCACCAAAGUCUUACCCCCAACAUCUUCCAGCCCUCGACUGAACUCAUCUCCCAUCGCUACGGCUAUCUUCCGAGUGCUCUUGGCCUCCCUGUCGGCAGAAAAAGGCCAUGCGCUACUAACGUCGAACAUGCUAUGUAUGUGAAUGUGACGCACCGGGAUACAGAAGGAUAGAGCUUUACGACGCGGCGAUGGAUUGCUCUUGGACUUUUUGGGAGUGAGGGAGGGUGCGAAAAGGGUAGAAAAUGUAAUCAGGGUGAUCUCGCAUCAGAGCGGUGGGAUGUGGAUGCAUGCAAGGGAGAGUACAUCUUAGGCUGGUGUAGCACGGCCGUUGGUGAAGGAGAGCUGGGGCUCGAAGCAGUAUGCUUAUCCCCUAUACGAUUCUUUCGGUGGAGGAAUCGAUUGAAGUGUUCGACCGUGGCAAAGAGUUCCGUCCAUCUGUUACCAGCCUAGCUUCUACCAACGGCCCUGCGUGGACAAGGCCAACCGGAUAAUUGACGCGCGGUGCUUGCUCGCCUCUUUUCCUCGUCAUCCACUCAUGUCUUCGUGAUAAUAUAUGACAGGAAAUACCAUUGUGGCUGCGCAGACGUUUCGCUCAGAUCAUGAUGUCUCGGUCAUAUGUGCUAUCAUCUUUAGGGCCCGGCUACAGGAAUAUGGAUGAGGAAACUCUUCAGACUUAUUCCGAGUCGCUGGAUCGUACUAUUCUUCACUCGGUUACGAUCCUUGGAAUAUAGAUGGGAAGUAGUGGUCAGUAAUCUCGUAUCGACAUGUCCAAGGGGUUCCGGAGGGGAAUAUGAGCGGCGCCACCUCAAUAAGGACCGGUUUUCAAUGGUGGAGAUGUAGCUGACUGCCUGAUACGAAGAUUUCCGUGGCGGUCCUUGGAACAGGGGAUCCUAGGAUAUUGCAUCUAUGUGGCGAGGGCCAUGUAUAGAGCCUCUCUAGUUCUUUAUAAAUACUGGCCUUGAAUUGGUGUACCCUCGCUCACAGCAUUAUUGUCUAGAUCAAAGAACAGCCAGUCGAAUACAAUACCCGGGCAAGCAUCGGCUGUCUCUUCUGAGCAGUCGUUCUCCGAUGUUACCUUGAACUCGAGUCAAGAUGGACGUAUAUCAUCCAGUGAAUACGCCCAGAGGCGUAGAGAGCUGAUGCAACUCAUCACCGGUCUCCUUGGCCAGGACGCUCACCAGGUCAUGGAUAUUCCACGUAUCGCGGUCAUUGGUGGGCAGUCUGAUCAACGUACCCAGGGACAGUGGUACUCGUACUCGUUAUUGGACUUUGCUGGUCUCUCCCGCUCAGAGCUUCAACAGCUCCUACGUGACGAUCAUGACAUGCUCAAGUUCUCGAAGAACAUACUCUGCAUCGAUAUCAAGGAUCCACACGCCACUGACCUUUCUUUCAUUGACUUGCCUGGUCUGAUACAGAAUGAGGACCUGGAAGUCGUCGACCUUGUCAAGCACCUGGCUGUUUCGAAUAUCACAAACGAGUCCACCAUUAUCUUGGUCACCAUUCCGGUCACAGACGAGAUGGAGAAUCAGUUGGCCUUCCGCUUGGCUAGGGAAGCGGAUCCAGAGGGCAAGCGCACCGUUGUCUCCGUCGGUGCAGGCGUUCUCACCAAACCAGACAACCUUCGAGACGGUGACGUAGGCGCACGUGAGCGAUGGAAGGAUGUGAUAGAAGGGAAAAGCCAUCAGUUGAAACACGGUUAUUACUGUGUUCGACUUCCCGAUGACGCUCAACGUCAACGCAACAUCAAGCCUAUCGAAGCUAAAGAGUUUGCUAGGACCUUCUUCACUUCGAGUGCUCCGUGGAGUCAGCUGGGUCCAGCUGAUCGUCGUCGACUUGGAGUGCCUAAUUUGGUGUCCGAUCUUUCGCGACCGUUGAUCCCCUUGUCCAGCCCUUUGAUCUCGGAGAGGCAUAUCGCAUGGGAGCACCUUGGCUAUAUACCCUUCGAAGCGCCCAAGAAGCUACUUGAGGCGUCGAUCAAGCUUUGGGAAGUACUCUCGAGGAUGUGCCUUGAGUCUGCCUUUUCCACACUUGGAGUGACGCUCGAAGGUCUGGUGAAGAAGUAUUUUAGCCAGUUUACGCGGAUAGAUGCAGCUGUCCAGAAUGUUGUGCGCACCGAGCUUGAGGAGAUUCGGGAUAUUGCUGCCAACGACGUGAGGCGCACACUCCAGCAGGAGCAUUGGCCGUUCUGGACCCAGAACGACCACUACUUCGAAUGCACGAAGCUAAAGUCGUCGGUUUCAAUACAGGCGCGCCAGACUCAGGAACUGCAAGCUUUGGCCGCACUUGGCUAUGAAAGCAUUUGCGCUGAAGACUUCCAUAGACUGUGGCCUCCCGACAGGUACGAAGAGGAGCUCAGAGUUAUGGCCGGUGCUCGCGCUUACUUCCAAGUGGCAUACAAGAGGAUAAUCGACCACAUCCCCAUGACGAUUGAGCACUCCAUGAACCAACCCUUUGCCGACAAUCUCCAUGCCGCACUGUUGAGCGCUUUGGACAUUGCGUCGAGCGUAAUACAAGAUGGAAUUGUUGAGCGAGGACCCAGACAUAGCGAGAAGCAGGGCGGAGCUGGAGCAGACGAAGGCGCGUCUCGUUGA